AUUGAUUCCGUUUCGCUGCGUAAGCGUUUCAAAACGCAGAAGAUGCUCGACGCGAGCACAUCGUUUACGCUUUUGUAUCUAAAUUUCGAAAAUUGAAUCCGGAAAAGAAUUUUUUUUUUUUCAAAACAAAAAAACAGCUAAAAACAAUCAUCCCGCAUAAACGGGGCACUUUUGAAAACAAUAAAGUCAAUCCCAUGUGAUAUAAUUAAACACGCACCGUACCGAGAAGCGUUUGCAUUCAAAAAUGUUGCAAAAUAAAAUACUUUCGAAAAUAACAUCACUCCUGCUCCUGCUAGUGAUUUUGUGUACCAGUGUUGUUGUUGGAAUCUUUGAUCCACAUUACACUGAGAAAACAAAAUCUUAUCGCUUGGAUCCAUACAUAGCUCGGGAACUGCAACGCACACAUCACCACCACAACCACCAGCACCAGCAUCAGAAUCAGAAUCAGCACCACGAGGUGAUUCCCUCUUACCGCUCGCAAAGUAACCCAAGGUUAUCAUCAUCGUUCGGUCGUUAUCAGGAAAGCAGUAGCAGCAUCAGCAGCAGCAGUAGAGACACCAUUGAACAACAAGAACGCCAUGCAAAUCAUGACCGCAAAGAUUAUGCAAACAAUCUCGAUGAUUACUAUGGUGGCUGCCCGUCGGGAUACACAGGAUUGCUUCCUUAUCCGUAUGACUGUAGGAGGUUCGUUAAUUGCUGGAAGGGACGUGCGUAUAUUCAAACAUGUGGCCCAGGAACUGUCUUCAAUGGUGACACUCUGGAAUGUGACAACCCUAACAAAGUGGUUUGCAAGGGACUAAAUGCUAAAUCAUAUGAGAAUUCACAGUCAACCAACAAUCGUUUGGGUAGACUAGAACGGCACGAUGAGGCAGAGGAUAUGGAGGUUUCCUGCCCACAAGGACACACUGGUCUUUUGCCUCAUCCAAAUGAUUGCUCCAAGUUUUUGAAUUGUGCCAGUGGCAUAAUGCAUAUUCAGACUUGUGGGCCACAAACAAUGUUCAAUCCACGCAUGAAGGUAUGUGAUUUUGCCACCAAGGUCGACUGUACUGGACGAGGAGGAGCAGCAAGAGGAGGUGAUGACUCUUCUCUAAACUCAUCGCCAUCACAAUCGCCUACAUCGUGGAGCGGAAAUCGUGGCGGAAAGAAUUUUGAAAUUACCACAACACAAAAUCAACCUACCCAGCCGCAGAGAAAGGGCUGGCAACAUAAUCACAACCACCAUCACGACCACGGCCACAAUCACAAUCACCACCAGCACGGAUUCCACCAUCAUGAUUACCCAUCUGGUCCAUCCAGCGCUGGCUCAUUAAUGUACCACAACCAUAAUUGCACUCACAGAAGUCAUCAAAAUCACUAUCCGCAACACGUAUCGCCGCCGCCGCAACAACCGACCGUCAGCACUCCACUCAUCUACAGAAAUCGUUGGACAUCCAUGAAUCGAACACGUCCGGCCGCUCCAACGACGAAAACUUCUACAGUUCCCGUCCGCUCAUGGACGCCAACACCGAACCCACAGCCAUCCGGAUGGAGACCGAUUCUGCAGCAGCCAAUUCCAUCUAAACCAACUUGGUUUAAUCGUGAAGGCUCUGGAACAACAACUCCUCCAAGUAAUUAUCCAAACAGUUAUUUUGGAAGCACUCCCAUACCUGGCACCGACACCACCAUUUACUAUGCACAACCUGUUGACGACAAUCAGCCAUCUGAGGAAGUUUUUACGAAUGUGGUUGGGGCGGAUAUAUCCGAGAUUACGCUGCCCGUGAAUAGACGCAAUUUCAUUCGAGGUGUAUUCACCCCCACUGCUGAUCGCUCGAUUCCUUCAGAUCCUUCACUGGAUGCUAUAAACAUCCCCAAUAUUAAUCUUAUGCCUCCUUAUCCAACUAUAACGUCUGAUGACAGACAAUUUCAGAUCCCCGACGAAGACUUACCACAUCCUUUUCAACCAAACUUCCAAGAUCCCCCAUCUAGACCUGAUUUCAAUGCUCAAGGUCGCAAUCCUCCAGUAGAUUCGAGAGAUGCAGUGUUCUUGAAUUCGGGUUCAUACCAACCACCUCAGAGUAACCGAAGACCUGACUCUUAUCCUCAGGGAGGCGAUGGUUCAAUGGAUGCUAUAAAUAUCCCAAAUCAGAACCUCAUGCCUCCACAUGUGUCUCCUCCUUCUUCUGAUGACAGACAAUCGGAGAUUCCUGAGCAAUUUCCUGACCUGCAACCACCUCCACUUCCUCAGCCACCAGCAUCAAGGCCUUCCCAAAACCACCCCAGGACAUUUCCCAAUGAAAACCCAAUUUAUGAUAUAAAUAUUCGAAAUAAUCUGCCUGUUCCACAAACGACGACUCCGAAAUGGGAAGAACCAUAUCCCGACUACUCAUCAGUGUAUCCUUCUUUCACGUUGCCUAAUAGCAGACCUAGUUCGAAGCCUGUAUCAAGAGAUUCAGUAGCACAAUCUCCACCAUCUUCCGUGACACCGUCUUGGCUAAGACCUGAACCACCACUUCCAAGUUAUAGUCCCAACCCUGCUGAUUCAGUCAUCAUCAGUCCCACAUCUUCUUCAAGAGACAAUCCCUGGAUCAGGAUCGAUGAGUCGAAUCUGUUUGGUGGCAUGCUUCCACCUCUGCCUCCUGACUCUGAGCCUCCGUCGUCGUUUAACCCUUUUUCAAGCACACAACCACCCUCUAUCCAAUCGACUACCCCACCUCCAUUAAAGACCAAUGUACGCGUCUUCCAAGUCUUCCCACCUCCAGAAGUUCGGAAUGCUACAACCAAGAUCCAUCCCAAUCCAUUUUAUAGUCCAUCCUAUUCCGGUGUAGCUCAUUCCAGAAACACCUCUUGGCCAAGUAUCAAGACCUAUCCUCCAAGCAGGAGUACCACACCUUCUCCCAGAUCUUGGACCACAACUCCUUUUCCCAAAUUUUGGCCAACAACUCCUCAAACUCCAGAGGAUAACUUUAAACCUGAUAUCGUUUUCAGUCAUGAUGGAGGUGUUGUGAUUGCGAGCCAUCAUAUGUCUCCUACGACUACCCAACGCCAUGGCCUUUCGCCACCGAGCUACAAUCGAGAAUACUAUCAGCCUACAACUCCUAUGAGUGUUCAUCGAGCUGCUCCUCUCGAAACCGACACCAAUGAUGAACAAACAGGCCAGAUGCCUAUAAGUGAGGCAAUUAAACUUCUUCUACGUCCCUACAUCAAUCGAAGUGGAACAGUGACAGAUGAUAUGGUUUCCAAAGCCGAGUCUCACAUAAUGAACUUAUCCCAGUCACUCGAUCCGACUUCCACCUCAACUACUACCAUCAGGAGCAGUGUUGCACCUGAUGGUUUGCGUAAAGAUGUUGAAAUUGUCUUUGCAGGUGAACAGAACAGUUUAUCACCCAGCUAUGCUCCUCCACCUCCUCUCCCUUCUUCCUCAGUUCAACAUCCUCCACCAUCCAAAUAUCACCAAAGCGAAAGACACAAUAGACAUUUCCAUCAAAUGCAUCCUAACAUGCCAAAUCCUUUUGGGAAUGAAUUAGGUGCAUCAGGUGUUGGUGAAGAUGAUGAUAGACCCACUGCCGCCGCCUCCGGAGUAGUGAGGAGCACAACACCCUUUCUAGAAGAAACCAGCCCAGAAGCAGUGGGAAAUGUUAAGGAAACUGAUUUAUGUGAGUUUGAUUGUGGAAAUGGCCAAUGUGUCAAGACAUUUGAGACGUGUGAUGGUAUAAAUAAUUGUGAAAAUAAGAAGGACGAAGAGCAAUGUGGGCAUCUGGGAUAUGAAAUUCGAUUGUCCAAUGAAGGAUAUGGAAGGGUUGAAGUGAAAAUCCUUGGCCAAUGGGGUUAUGUGUGCGAUGACAAGUUCGGAAUUCAAGAUGCCAAUGUUGUUUGUCGUGAACUGGGUUUCCCCCUGGGAGCAAGUGAAGUACACGGAAACUCAUAUUAUCCGCCAGCAGAUGGAGGAGAGGUUUCGUUUAUUAUGGACGAAGUUGAUUGUGCGGGAAAUGAAACUUCUCUAAAGGACUGUCGUUUCAUGGGAUGGGGAGUGAGUGAUUGUGGCCCUGAUGAAGUUGCUGGUGUACAGUGCAAGACACCGGUCAUGACAUGCCCCAAUGACUAUUGGUUGUGCAGCACGUCAAAGGAGUGCAUUCCACCGGCAUUCGUAUGCGACAAUGUUCCCGAUUGCACUGACAAGUCGGAUGAAAGUACAGCGAUUUGUAAUUCGACUGUGGAAUUCAGACUCAAAGGAGGAAGGUCGAAGCAGGAAGGUCGUUUGGAAGUUCUGUAUCGUGGUGUUUGGGGAACGGUUUGUGAUGAUGAUUUCGGACAAACAGAGGCCCAAGUUGCGUGCAACUCUUUGGGCUUUUAUGGACCUGCGGCAAUAGUUAAGAAUGCUUUUGGACCUGGCACUGGACCAAUUUGGCUUGAUCAACUUUCGUGCUAUGGAAACGAGACUUCUCUCGACACAUGCAACCAUUGGUCUUGGGGUGAGCACAAUUGCAACCACACCGAGGACGUCAGUCUCAAAUGUACACCAGGUUCAGCUCCACCUUCGAAAAAUACCAAAACUAAAGGUCCAUCAAACUCAGAAGAAGAUGUACAAACAGCAGCAUCCGAUGACAUCGGCAUGGAUCUUUAUCCAAUGGAACGGUCCAGCAAGUCCACUAACUCCCGCAAGGUAUGCGGACAUUUUAAUGCAAACUUGACAGACGAAUUCCCUCGAGAAUUGGAACGUGUCGUCAAAGGUAAUAUCGCAAAAAGGGGUCACCAUCCCUGGCAAGCAACCAUCCGUACUAAAGGUCGUGGUGGCAUCUCCAGCCAUUGGUGUGGAGCGGUUCUGAUUUCAAAGAAACAUCUCCUUACUGCCGCUCAUUGCUUGGUUGGCUACCCAAAGGGAGCAUACUUCAUCCGCUUAGGUGACCACUAUGCAAAUAUUGCCGAAUCAUCGGAAAUUGAUUCCUACAUUGAGAACUGGUAUAUUCAUGAAAAGUUCCGAGAGGGCACCCACAUGAACAAUGAUAUUGCUGUGAUAGUCAUGAAGAAUCCGGUUCGUUUCAACGAUUACAUCCAACCAAUUUGUCUGCCACAGGAAGGAACAGAGUAUAAGGAAGGUCGGAGAUGCACCAUAUCCGGAUGGGGUUCUAUUCAAUCGGGAGUCUCAACUCCUUCGAAUAACCUUCGAGUAGCAGAGAUUCCGGUGAUAUCGGAUGAAGUCUGCAAGCUACCACACGUCUAUGGGAAUUCUGUUACCGAGGGAAUGUUCUGUGCGGGUUUCCUUGAAGAGGGUGUGGAUGCGUGCGAGGGGGAUUCGGGUGGACCGUUUGUGUGCUCUGAUUCAGAUGCGGAAACGCUUUAUGGGAUUAUAUCCUGGGGCCAGCAAUGCGGUCAUGCUAAUAAACCUGGUGUUUAUGUUAAGAUUGAAAAGUAUCUCAAUUGGAUUUAUGAGAAAAUUCGAUUUUCAAUGCAACCAACAGAUUAGUUGAUGCGGCAUAAAUCGAAGGGAGUUUUAUUUUUAGAUUUAAGUGUAAGAAGGGACAUACUUAUAAAUAAUAUUUUACGCCAAAUAAUUUUGCCAUAGGCUUUUUGUAGAUACUAGAGAUAAAUACUCAAUAAAAGAAAUGAAAGAAAAUGAAAAUUAAUAGAUGUCAUUGAAAUGGUUUUAAAGUUAAUCACUGAUUUGAAAAAAUGUUUAUUUUAAAAGCUUUAAAUUAAAACUUAUGAAUUUGUAUACAUGUUUUUUACCGUGUGUUGGUUUGCUUAAAAAAAAGAAAUAAAUAUUUGCAUCUUUGAUGCAGUUUUAUAAUUUA